AUGUGGCGUCACUAUGAGUCAGCUUCAGUUUCCCACCCGCUGGCUUUAGCUCUGGAAGAUCAGCACCUCUCCCCUCGACCCCCUGCUCCCACCAGCUGUACCCCAGGCCCUGGAAGCCCAGAGGAGCCUCAGCCCCCAGGACACAGUUGUCAUUUCUGCAAAGAGCUGAAUGAGCCUGUACCAGACCCACUCGCAGACCAAGCUUGGCAGGCCCCAGACAGGGAGGGGACGGCAGCCUUGUCUGUGGCCACAAAGACCUGUCCAGCAGGCCGGGGUGUGAGCAUGCACGGUCACCACUGGACUUCCUUGGAAGCCAUCGCCCAGUACUGUGCACCCUGGCAGGACUCCAAGGGCGUGAUGCCCGUGCCCCUGAUCUCCUGGCACGGCUCUCUGUUUCCAGUGUCCCUUCUCCCUGGGGUGCUGGGGACUUGCCAUCAACUCCACAAGCCAAACACACAGCUGAGGUUCAUGUCCAACUGUAGAACUAGACUAGAUGAUCCAGCUCAUUCCUCGUACAAGGAACCAAUCGACUCAGGUCUCUGUGGGCUGUGGACAACUGCCCAGUGUGGCCAAGAGUUCCUACAGGGGAGGCUGUGUCUGUCCACCUGCGAGCCCAGAGUCUCAGGCCUUUGUCCAGCCUACCCCGUCAGCACCCACACCUGUGGGCUCACCUGUGACGUGGCUCAUUUGAGGCUCCCGGACAGCCAAGCACUUCUUCUUGAGGCCUCUGCAGGCCUGCCACCCUACACAGUGUGGGACACCAUCACUGGCAUCACUGGGCUCUCCCCUGCCACCUAUUUGCCCAGUGUUACAGUUAAACCUGCUGAUGGUGUGCAGCUUAUUGUAACUUUAGAACCCAUGACUGAGGAGGCCCUGGCUCAGUCUCUAAAGUAUCCCACAGAGAUUGAACGUUCUCCAUUCCAGCUGGAGAAAUCAUUACAACCUCUGGAAACUACUGAGGAUGUUGACUCAUCUCCAACUCUGCAGGAGGCCCCAGUUCAACCUGCAGAGUUGAAUAGUCCACAGCCCAGCAGUAAACUGGAUACUACUAUAACACCAGAACUCAAUAUGGAGGUUGAACCUUCUCCAACAAAACAGGAGACACCAGCUCAGCCUCCAGAGCAUCAAGAAAUUGGGGCUAAUCCUCUAAUCAGGCUCAAGUUCAGCAUUAAAACUUGCCCCAAUGUUACAGUUAAACUUGACAAUCUGGAGCUUACUUCAGAACCCACUACUGAGGUUGUAAAUUCUACAGCCCUGCAGAAGAGCACACCUCCUCCUACGAACUCACAGAGGGGACACAUGAUUCUUCCUGUGCCACCAACACAGAGUGCCACCAACAGAAGUGAUACUGAUACAUGUGAGCUCUGUGUUUGCCAGGAUGAAAUGUCCUGUACUGGCCUUUGCCUAGAGAAAAAGCUCCACAGAGUGUCUGUGCCAGAGCCCAACGUGUACGAUGGCACCAUCACUGUCUUCUCUAUGUGGCGAGUGGCCUAUCAGCAUUCCGCAGGGCCCGACCACCAAGAAGACAAUGCUGGUGAGUUAGCAGGACUUCCGCUCUUUCAGCAGCUGCACAGAGCCCAAGGACGUCUGGAGGUGGAGAAUUCUAUUUUGGACCAGAAGUGUGAUCUUGGAGAAAAGGGACAGCUUCCCUCGAGUGGUUCCUUUGCCGACUCAAAGGGCAUGUUUCACAGAGAGUCUUUGGAAUGA